GUAGAUAUCAGCAUCACAUCAAAACAUACUCCUAUAUCUUCCCCUUCCCCCUUUGUUGCAACACCUGCGAUUUCUGGUACGAUCAGAACAAUAUUGCAGUUGUGGUGGCAUUGAGUGAUCUCUGAGUUGUUCAUCUGUCUCAGCUGGGACUCAAUUGUCGUUUUAUCCUCGUGCAGGUGCAUAUUGUACCUCAACUUGUGAAUAAUACACAACGUACCUUCGCUAUACCUCACAAUUGUCAUCUAUCUUUAGAGUUGACCUCGCCGGUAUCACAACCGAGCUCCAGAACAAGGUCCGGUGACACCGGUCCGCACUAUCCUUCGACAUGGCGUCCGCACCCACAAACGAAAUGACCCCUGCUGAGGCAGAGUCGGUCUACUUCAACAAUUAUCCACCACCAAAGGCUCUCCCGAGACAUGAGGCGCUGGCCAGAGCGUUCAUCAAUUAUCACGUCGAGGCGAACAGGCGCCUCGUUCUCGUCACAUCGGGAGGUACAACGGUUCCUUUGGAAAACCAGACGGUUCGCUUCAUCGAUAACUUUUCUGCUGGAACGAGAGGAGCGACGAGUGCCGAGUACUUCUUGGAAUCGGGAUAUGCCGUGAUUUUCCUCCAUCGCCAAUUCAGUUUGUUGCCAUACUCCCGCCAUUACAGCCACUCAACAAAUUGCUUUUUGGACUUCAUGGAUGAAGCGCCCCCCUCCAACACCUCCGAAUCCGAUCAUGGGCGUAUCGUGGUCCACAGCGAAUACCAGGACCAGAUGCGAGAUGUGCUGAGGAAAUACCGUUACGCAAAGCAGCAUAACCGCCUCCUGCUACUCCCGUUCACCACUGUAUCAGAGUAUCUGUUUGAAUUGCGAUCAUUGGCCAUGUUGAUGAGACCUCUGGGGCCCAAUGCGCUCUUCUACCUCGCCGCAGCGGUCAGCGAUUUCUUUAUCCCGAGUGACCGGAUGUCGGAGCACAAGAUCCAGUCUUCUGAGCUACCCGCGAACUUGAAUAACGAGGAAGCCAUUGACCCCUCGGACAUUUACACGGGUGGAAUACCCCAGGAGACCAAGCCGCCUACCCAUAGCAAGAAACUGAUCAUCGACCUGGACCCUGUUCCAAAGUUCUUACACCGGUUGGUGGACGGGUGGGCACCGGACGGAAGUAUGGUGGUCUCAUUCAAACUCGAGACGGAUCCGAACCUGCUCGUGUACAAAGCACGGACGGCGCUUGAGCGGUACGCGCAUCAUCUCGUGAUCGGCAACCUUUUGUCGACGCGAAAGUGGGAGGUAGUAUUUGUCACCCCUGAAUUCCCCUAUGAGCGCUGGAUUCGGGUGCCAAAGUCUAAGCGCAGUAAGAGUAUCUCCGGGGCAGAAGAACAGGUGGGACUGGCCGAGGCAAAGGCAGUCGGGGACUCCCAGGCGUCGAAGACCGGGGAAGGGGACGCCGAACAGGGGCAGGACCCCAGCCACGAAGGAAUGGAGAUUGAGGCGCUAAUCAUUCCUGAGCUUGUCAAGUUGCAUUCGAAUAUGAUUUCGAGGCAUAAACCUAAGGCGUAGUUUUAUAUAGUUUAAAUCUCCUUUGAGAUUCUGUAUGUAUGUACCAGCUUUCUUGCAUGAAGUCUAUAGAUCGAGAU